AUGCGCCGCGUUACGAAAUCCCGAAAUGGCUGUGCGAGAUGCAAGAGUAAACGGGUCAAAUGCGGCGAAGAGAAACCCCACUGCAGUCGCUGCACCCGCCUAGGAGUCCGCUGUCCUGGGUAUACCAAACCCCUGCGCUGGGUCACUAAGUAUGCGCAGUCUAGUCCUCCCGCAUCAGCACCGGCGUCGGUAUCGCCAUCGGGUGUGAGAACCCCAGGUCCAGCGGUCUCCGCCCCGACUGCUCAGUCAGGGAACUCAGUCGAGGACACUGUGCCCCCGGACAACUCUAAUUUUGAAUCAACACAUGAGCAAAGUACAUCGAACUUUGCCUUGUGUGGGCCGGAUACCUCUUGUGACAAUCUAUGGGACCAUCCGGGUCAGGGGUCCUUGCCUGAACUGGCGGACCUUUGCUCUCCGUCUCCAAUGGCGGAAGCUUCGUCAUUCCCACAGAGAGACACGUUCAAUGACUUUGAUUCGGCUGGACAUGAGUUUCAUUCGUCUGGAGAUGCGGCUUUGGAUGUGCCAAACUUUCUGUCCCUUUUUGGGCCACCGCCGAAUGAGGAGCCAGUUGAAAAUGUAUACCGAGACUUCUCCCCUUCAGCUAUUGUUCGCAGGUAUCCUCCUGUGUUGGAACGACCUGCACCACAGGACUUCAUGUCGAUAUCUCGACCUCUGAAUAAUCCAUCGUGGACUUUGAUCGAGUACUAUUUCAAAGAAGUGGCUGCAUUAUUCUCCAGCUACGACAGUCAGAUGAACCCGUUCCGCACGACUGUUUCACGUCUUUGGGGAUCUUCACUGGCAAUGUGCCGAACAAUGCAAAGCAUGGCGGCUGCAACAUUGGUCAAUGAAUUUCCCCAAUAUGGGCCCAUGGGCAGAAGAAUGCGCGAUGAAGCUGUCAACAUCAUCACCUGCGAAGCAGUUAUUGACGACAAGUCCUUGUUAGCCUUGCUAAUGCUCGGCCAAACAGCUAGCUGGCACGAUCCCAAAGAUCUAGGCAUUUCAUUCUUCAACCUACUCCGCAAGCAGCUCAAUACCAUCGCCUCAUCAGCGCAUGACCCUGGCGUCAGCUUCUCCAAGAGCGACAGCAACAAUUACCGCUUCUUCGAAGAAGCCCUCAUCUACUGGGAAAUGCUCCUUUCCUUCGUCGCCGACAACGACACAAUGCUCCUAUCCGACCACUCCCGAACGAAUCCAUCCACAGACGAAUCCCUCGUCCUCCAGCGAGUCCCACACCCCUGGACCGGCAUCGCCCGCGACACCCAAUUCACCGUCCACGAAGUCGGCCGCCUCAUCCGCCGCGAGCGAAAACGCAUCCACGCCCGGAAAUUCACCUCGCAGGCAGACAUCACCCAAUCCCAACUGGCAAUCGAGAAAGCCCACGAACUAGAAGAGCGUCUCUUGGCUCUCGCCCAUCCAAGCGAGGCCGAAAUCAUCAGCCCAGGCGACGACGACACACCCGUCUGGCACCUCCUCACCAUGGCAGAGAUGUACCGCUGCAUCGGCCUGAUGCAGCUAUACCGCGUUUUCCCAGAUCUCCUAGCAAACCGUCUACCCACGCAACCAUCAACGCCUCAAUACACCAGCACAGGCUCAUCCCGCGACCAUUUCUUCCCCAUCGACCUAGACGGCGUAAACCUAUCCACCGGAUACGGUGAGCCCAGUCCAGCACAGAAUACCCAAAACGCUUCUUCCUCAUCCUCAUCCUCUCCACACAAUAUUUACCGCCAUCCCCCUCACCAAAACCCAUCAAACACCACCGCGAGCAUAGAGACACUAUCUAACAACUGGCUCACCGAAUUCGCCCUCACAACCCUCUCAAGACUCAAAACCGUCCCGCUGGAAUCUCGCACCCGCUGUCUCCAGCCUUUCCUGCUCGUAGCUGCGUGCUCCGAGCUGCGUAUACCGCAGCUCAGUACAAAAAGCACUCGGGACAGUGGGAACUAUGCGGAAGGAGAUAGCGAGACUUUAAAUCCGAAUCCCACGCCCACGAUAUCGAUGGAGGCGAUUGAAGUCUCGCGUACGCGCAAGUUCAUCCUAGGCCGGUUGACGUCGUUUUUGCAUGUUCUGCCGCCGAAACCGAUUCAUGUGUGUUUGAAACUUGUGAAUGAGGUUUGGAGGAGGUUGGAUGCUGGGCAGGAGGAUGUUUACUGGGUUGAUGUCAUGAUUGAGAAGGGGUGGGAGACGACUAUGGGGUAG